GUGAAACCAACCAAUACUGGGAUAACUUGUCCAUAUAUGAGCAAGGCCACAUGAGAAUAGAAUGGCGAACCUCGGCCUCUAACGUGAAAAGAGAAAAGGAAAAGACUGGAAUGAAAAGGAGGUGCACCGACCUAUUGGGAACUGAGUUAUUGAUUGACGGGUUAUGUCUCGCGACAGACAGGACACCCACAUGCAGUCACUCAGGUGCCAAGCUGCGUGCGAUUGGUGGGAUGAGUACAAGCCCCAGCCCGAGCGUACACCUUCCACCAACUGGCUCCAUGCGCGAGCCAAGCUAUCACAUCCUGACACAGAUAGGCUAAGAAGGAAACCAGUGAUCCAGCGAGUUUUCUUCUAGUUUCCAAACUUCCAGGGGAUGGGGAUGGCUUGCGAGUCGCUAGUUGACCGCAAGGCUGGGGUGUCUUUGAUGGUAAGUCGAGCAUCCCAAAUCCAGCCUGUCUCCAGAUUCGAAGUGGGUACGGUGGCAUGUUCACAUGGAGCGUAUAUGUCUUCGGGUUGGGGUCGGACCGUAACCGAAGACAGGUAGUUUGCGAGGCUGGUAACAAAGGCUCCGGGCAACGCUCAGAAGGUUCAUCUUGAUCGUCAAUAUUACAUGAACCGUUGAUCCCGUGCCCACUAGUCGAUCAUGAUAUCGUUCUUCAAGAACGAUCCCUUUACCCUUUCUCAACUUGCUCAAUACGACGGGUCGGACGAUCUACGUGGCGCUCAAACGCAGGGUAUCGGACAUUCUUCGUG